AUGGCGAUGGCAGAUCCCCCGUCCUCGCCGCCCAAUGCAAAGACCAGCACCGCCGACGCCAUCGCUUACUACAAGUCGCAGUAUGAGCUGCUCGAAGCCGAACUGACUGAUUUCCAGUCGUCAAGUCGCGAACUAGAGGCCGAGCUGGAGAAGGACAUCGAGGCAUCGGAGAAGAGGGAGCGGAAGUUAAAGGAGAAGGUCGAGAGUCUGGGGUAUGAGGUCGAGGAGUGGAAGACCAAGUACAAACAGGCGAAGACGGACGCCAACUCGGUGCAGAGCACGCUGCAGAAAGAAAUCACUACGCUACGAGACUCGAACCGGACGCUGCAGCUGAAACUCCGGGACACGGAGGUGGCCAACGACGACUUUGAGAGACAGGCUCGCAACACGACCUCUUCGCUGGAAGAUAUAGAGUCCAAGUACAACAUUUCCAUUGAGCGGGGCGUGCUGCUCGAGGAAGAGAUCAAGAAUGGCGAACAGGAGCGAGAGAUGCUGCGUAUCAAGGAGCAGCGGCUGCGUGACGAGUUGGCGGACCUCAAGGUGGAAACUCAUAUCGUCCAGGAGAAACUGCGGAAGGCCGAAGCUGCUCUGGAACGAAAGGCGAAGUUUUCUUUACUAGAGUCAACUUCUACGAACGGAAUCAUCCAUCGCCUCGACGCCGACCACUCGCCGGCAACGACUACCUCUUCGCCCAUCGCAACACCACUGACCAAGUCUGCCUCUUCGAUUGCUUCAGAGAUCGCCACACCGCCAUCACCACCCUUCUCGGAGUCAUCCACAAAUGGAGCGUUCAGGGGAGCCACUCCAAAUAUGCCACGGCCUCGAGUCUCUAUAUCUGAGACUAAUGGGUUGUCGAAGCAUCAAAAGUCGGCUUCUCGAUCUUCACGACAUUCCCGAGUUCCAUCUAUCUCAACUGGCCGAAUGACCCCGUCUGCAGGACGACAGUCUACUUCCAAUGGCCUUCCCAAGUCCAGCUCCCUGUACCAGAUCCGGGGACUGAUUGGGAAGAUGCAGAAGCUGGAGGAGCGUGUUCAGUCUGCACGAUCUCGAUUACCAGCACCGGUCGACACACCACCUCGAGCAUCCCCUCGCACCGGCUCUGCCAUGGGCGGUCCUCUAUACAACAUGCCUUCAUCAGUAACGGUCCGCAGCAAUAGGAAACGAUCGAGCGGUAGCGUGGCCAGCAGCUCAAGGGACAACCACGAGACGCCGCACACGCCGGUGACACCAGGGACUCAUCUACCUCAGGGACGAAACUCGUUUGGGCUCCCCCCACCGGCUCAGUCAACACCAUCACGACCAGAGAGCCGCACCAGUAUGUCAUCAUCACGCUGUUCCGUCAGUAACAUGACCUCAUCAAGCAGCAUUGCGCACCCACGCCCUGAAUCUCGCCAAAGCCUAAACAGUAGUCUCAGCGGCUCGCGCACUCCGGGACAUUACACCACCAACUCUCUGAACAUGAGCAUGGCCAGCGUGUCAGACAACCACCACUACCAGCACCAUAGCCAUAACCAUAACAAUAACAAUAGCCAUCAUCAGCACCAUCCAUCAGUCAGCAGCACCGGUAGCAGCGGCGGCAUUCGACGCCCUCGCUCAUCACUAAGCAACUACAACCCAUCCGCCAGCAUGUCGUAUAUCGACGAAGACAACGCUGAGAUGGACCUGAGUAUGCACACUCCCACCCCCCGACGCUAUGAUAGCAUCGGAUCCGGCAGCUCCAUCCCCACUCCCUCGGUGCUGCGACGGACGAGCGGCGGGAUGUCUUCUAUACCAACACCAAGCGGCCUGACGCCUCGACGAACUACCUCAGCCCUCGGGAGGAGGGACGGCGAUAUGCUUCCGCCGUCAGCUGGCAGGAGGAAGGCGAGCAUGACACCUCGACCAUCUUCGUCUCUAGGUAGCCUCGGCGAGACAUACUAA